AUGAAAAAGAUUUGUCUAGUAUUAGCCCUCGCCCUCGCAUUCGCAGCUGUCCAACCAGCAGAAGUUGAAGAAGGAGUUAUUGUCUUGACUGACAGCAACUUCGACGAAGAACUUGCCAAGUACGAUUUCCUCCUCGUCGAAUUCUACGCCCCAUGGUGUGGACAUUGCAAGCAACUCGCCCCCGAGUAUGCCAAGGCCGCACAAAGACUAGCCCAAAACAAUCCACCAUACCACCUAGCCAAGGUAGACGCCACUGAACAGAAAAAACUAGCUGAAAGAUUCGGAAUCAAAGGUUUCCCAACUCUAUUCUUCUUCAAUAAGGGAGUCCAAAGCGAAUUCACAGGUGGCAGAUCAGAAAAUGAUAUUGUUAACUGGAUCCUCAAGAGAGUUGGCCCCCCAUCCACUGAAGUCACUUGUGACGAACUCAAGGAGAGGGUUGCCAGCACCAAGCUCGGACUUGCCUACUUCGGUGAACUCAGCGGCAGAUCAUACUCUGAGGUCUUCCUCGGUGUUGCCCAAAACCCAGCAGUAAGCGAGAAAUUCACCUUCUUCCAUACCUCAGACAAGGAUUGUGCUGCUACCCACGGUGCCAGCUCAACCCCAGCUCUAGUUCUCCUCAGACAAUUCGACACCCCAACUGUCGCAUACUCAGGUAACUGGGAAACUACUCCAGUUGUUGACUUCAUGCUUACCAACUCAGUCCCUACCCUCAUCGAAUUCUCAGAGGAUUACAUCGAACCAAUCUUUGGACAAAGAAGAGCUGCCCUCUUCCUCUUCAGAUCCAACUCAGACUCUGAAUCAGCUUUCGCUCAAGCCUUCAAGGAGGCCUCAGAGAAACUCAAGGGACAGAUUCUCUUCGUUGUUUCAGGUGUUACUGAUGGUAUUCAACAAAGACUUGGUGAAUUUAUCGGUGUUGAUGAGAAAUCACUCCCAACUCUUAGACUCCUCGACCCAGCAGACAACAUGAAGAAAUUCACCUAUUCUGAAUCAAUCGAUGGUUUAACUGUUGAAGGUAUCCAAAAGUUCGUAGAUGAGUUCAAGAACAAGAAUCUCCAACCAUUCCUUAAGAGUGAGGAGGUCCCACCCGAAACUGGUGAUGCCCUCAAGAUCAUCGUCGGAAAGAACUACAACAAGGUUGUUAUCGACAACGACAAUGACGUCCUCGUCAAGUUCUACGCCCCAUGGUGCGGUCACUGCAAGAAACUCGCCCCAAUCUGGGAAGAGCUCGCCAAUGAGUUCAAGGACGUACCCCACCUCACCAUAGGUAAGUUCGACUCAACUGCCAACGAAGUUGACGGUCUCGAAAUUAGAGGUUACCCAACCCUCAAGUUCUAUCCCAAGGGAAACAAGAGCUCACCAGUCGACUACGACGGUGGCAGAGAGCUCGAAGACUUCAAGAAAUGGCUCAGAGAACACUCAUCAGCUGUUAAGUCACACGUUGAAGGCAAGACUGAACUUUGA